GGACUUCAAAUCGUACAGCACGUGUGUGUGUGUGAGUGUGUGUGACAUUGUGUGAGUGUGUGAGACGCUGAUUUACUCUGUAUGUGUGUGUGUAAAGCGUAACUGAUGGAACUGUUGGACAUAAGAGAGAGAAACUUCUCUGGAUGUGAUAAAUACAGAACUUUUCCAGGACGGAGCUCGUCUUCACACACAUAUCACAGAAGCCUCGGAGAACCCAUCAGCUGGGAAUCAGCAGGAUCCAGAAGUGUAAAGAACCAAGUAAACUGGACCACUGAGUGUGGACGAUGUCCUGAGUUUACUGAUCACGAGACAGAAAAGCAGAGAGGUCUGAUAGAGAGACAAAGGGAAAGAAGAGAGAAGGAGAUGAUGGUGAAAAGAGGGGAUUUGAGUAAUCAAUGGCAACCCGUUACCACACACUACAGACAAGAGAAGGAUAAAGAUGGGUUCGGGGCUAACAGUUACAGAGAGCUGGAGGAAUGGGCGAGGCGGUGUUAUUUUAACUCUCUCUCCAGGAGGAGACGUCUUCAGGGAGAGAUGUGGAGCGAAAUCCAAAAUGCACUGAAAGCUGAGAGGAUAUCAGGUUCUGCAAGCAGAUCAGUCAGCACAGAACCCAGUCAGAGAUCCGGUGUAAAGAUCUCAGAGAACAAAUUUAACCUUGUCCCAUCUCACCAGCCUCCUCCGUACACUUCUGUGAAACACGAUUCUUCUGGGAAAAUGUUAAAUGAGCGAGUCGAGAGCAAAGUCCUGAGUUCUUCUUGGAGCCGACCUCCAGACUACACACCACCUCCACCAUACACCUCUCGACCCGACUGGAACAAACUAACGGGAACGCUGAGGGAACCAGUCCUCAGUAUGGAGAACAGAUUUGGAAGCAGACCACAUAAUGUAAGACAAAUGGAACAUUGUUCUGUCCCGUUCUCAGACAGAAGACAACAUAUACGAUGUUCAUCAGGUGAUGGGACACCAGGAACCGUUAACUUUCCAGGUCCUGCCAGAACACAACAUCAACAGGAACAUUGGCCCUUGGUUCAGAUAAAGAACCAACAACAUGUUUUCACACCAGAAUCAUCAGGACAUCAUGAGAAGUAUCAGACAUCACAUUCAGAUAUAACACUAACCAAACCCAAGAGAAGACGAAGAAGUGAAGGAACAGUGUUCUGUUUAGUUUCUCACAUGGGUCUUUCCAGUUCUCCUAAUGAUGAACCACCUAAAAGCCAAUCCUUUCCUCUUUUUAAAGACUCAACUUUUACAGGGACUCGAGAACGAGUCCAGCUGGCAGAUGAAGCUGAUUCACGUCGAUCAUUAACCUCUUUUAACCUAGACCCUACACCGGAAGAACCCAGAGAGGAACAUCAAAACCAGAGUGGCAGAAAUGUAAGACUUUCUAAACACAUAGAGGAACUGAGAAAUGGCAGAGAGGAACUGAGAAAGCAGAGUACUGAGGAAAGACACAAAAAGAAAUGUGAAGACACAGACUCUAACAAGGACAAGGACAAUAUUACUCCUGCUGUGUCUUCUAAAUCCACAACACAUCACCAAACCACACUGAAGUUUCCCUUAUGGAAGGAACCCAGAUCACACCACUGCUCUAAUGGUGUUCUGGAGAAAAUAAAUAAACCAGACAGAGGUAUUAACAGGAAAGAUCAAUGUGAACAAUCAGAACCAAGAAAUAACACAAAUGAGACAAAUACAGGUCUCAUGGUCAUCGAUGCAACUUGUGUGGUCAUCAAAGUCGAGUUCAUUGUUCCUCCUGAAAAGGAACACGUCCAGUAUGUCAGCUCUGAUUCUAACCGUGACCACAAACCCACUGAACAGGCUACAGACGGAGGUUCAGUGCACAAGAACAUUAACCAAACAAGACACACAUCCAGUGAAGUCCAACCUAAACAUGAGACUUUAAAGGAAAGAGCAGAGAGAAUUCUGGGAAUUGUACUUCAGAAUUCCUUUAACGAAGCACACACACUGGAGGAAACCACUCAGAUGGAAAAUUCCAGCAUCAAACAGACUCAUGAAACUUCAGAGGGAUUUGCUGAAGCUGAAUCUGAAAGUUGGUUAAAAGCAGAGUGUGAAAAUUCUCCAACCCCAAUAACAUCCACACCAAAUGAGGAAGAACCUCCAAGCUCAGUGUCAGAAGCUGAAGCCAUACUGGAAAUAUCUGAGGUGACUCACGGAGAUGACGUGAACGCUCGUACUGGACAUCAGAUCAUGAAGAGCACUAAACAGGAAAAUGAAGUCAAGUCAGUAGACAGGAAGUUCAUCCCGGAUGGAAACUUCUUAACAGUUGUGAAUGACAUUAAGGAGAAACAGCUUAAGAAGUGCUCUGAUGGCAGCCCCUCAGGUGAGAGUCAUGGUUUUCAGAAUCUCAACCAAACCAUCCUGAGAAACACCAACUUCAGUCAGAAAUGUAGGAGAAGAGAAGACAACCUCUUACAUAAAACAGACGAGAGACAGGAUCUCUAUCAAAUGCUUCUUGGUAGAAGUGUGGAAAAUGCCAACGAGCCAUUUAGUCAAGAAGAUACACCCACUGAGGGAAGCUCCUCAAAUUUAAGAGGAGAUCAUGUUGAAAACAUUAGUGAUCUCCUGGCUGAUACAGGUGACAUACAGAAUAAAGGCUCAAUCCUUCCUAACAGGUACGAGCCAGAUACUAGUAAAGUGUUUGACCAAGAGGGUAGGCCCUCAGAGGAGAACCCAUCAAUCACCUUUCAUAACCAGCAAAGAACAAGUGAGAUGUUCAGCCUGGAAGGUGGUCAGGAGAACCUGUUAAAUCUGCAGAGUCUCUGCCUAAACCCCCUGAGCACAUCUGAGACACUUCACCAAGAAAGCAGUCCCAAUCAGAACCUUCUUUCAUAUUCAGGAGAUCCUCAAGUUUCUCCACCUUUUCUCAAACAUCAUGUGGAAAACCCAAAUGAGUCAUUUGGUCAUGAAGGUAUUCACAGAGGAGAACAUCUCUCAGAUGUCUAUCCAAGCCUCCUCCAUAGCUCUGUGCUGAACACUAGUGACACACUUGUCCAAGAUGACCUCCUGAGAGAGGACCGACCUUCAUAUGCAAAACAUGAUGCAAAUAAUCUUUACCAAACUCUCCCCGGUAACAGUAUGAAAAACACAAGCGAGUCAUGUGACCAAGAGGAUGCGCUCGCUGAAAAGAACCUCUCGAGGGAUGUAAAUAAUCUUCAUCAUUCCUUCACUGUAACAGAUAUUAGAGAGUGUUUUGAUGAGAAAAGUGAGGAGAACCUCCUUGGACAUGUCGAUCAGUGUGUUUAUAAUUUUAAUGAAGGCAAACAUCCUGAAACCACUGACAUGAAGAAUUUCAGCCCUAACCUUCUGGAGAACAUUGAGGAAAAUCCUGAGUCACUUGAGCAAGAAGCUAGUUCAAAGAAAGACACCCUUUUAGAUGAUCUAAAGAAUCUUGGUCCUGUCCUGUUUCGUAGCUCUAGUGAGUUAUUCGAGCAAGAAGAUCAUGAAGGUAUAACAUCUCCCUCACCUGACUUUCACCACACACUAAGUAAAGAAGAGUUAACAUCUAGUUUAUUUUCCACUUCACACUCUGAGAUAUCUCCUCCUCCUCAUGACUGUGUGUCUUCCACCUUUCCAUCUCCUCUGUUACCUGCAGAUCGUUCUUCUCACUCCAGACCUUCUGACAGUUUAUCUGAGAUCACUAGCGCUCAUGCCCAAGUCUGUUCUUCAGCGUCGUCCACGGCACCAAAAUCCAUCAGAGUGAAACAGUGUCCAGAGUUGCUGUGGGACGCCAUGAGCCGCAUUCGCAAACACACCGCUCCUGAUUCAGAGAGUGAGGACGAAGAGGCUGAAUUCUGGGAUUCGGUGGAAAACACAGAAGAUGAUUUGAUUAAUGUGAGUGAAAAGACUGGAAUUAAAGAAGAGGGAUGUGUGCUGGAGGAAAGAUCAGGUUACUCUGGGAAUAACUUAAAGGAUGGGAUUAAAGCGCCAUCAGAAGAAGAGAGACAUCUGGGUGAAAGGAAAGAUGGUGAUGAUGAUGAUGAUGAUGAUGAUGAUGAUUCACUAUCGAGCAGCAGUGUGGACAGUCAGGACACAGUUAUAGAGGGUGAAGGUGAGCUGAACUUUCUGGAAACUGACGAAGAGGAGAAGAAGAACCAGGAAUCUGCUUUAUUCAGUGAGAAAACUGAGAAUAACAUUUAACUGUAAGAAAAAAAAAACACUGUUUUAGACAAUAAUCCAUUAAACUGACGCAUUAUUGUCUACAAACGUAUGCGCGUGCGCCCGCGUGUGUGUGUGAUUGAAUGCAAAGUGGGAAAAUUCCCACACGUCUCCUGUUACACAACACAGUGUUGUAUUUUUGUGCCUCAUGUGGAUUUGACUACAUUAAAAUUAUAAUUCAGUAAAAUGACUAAAAUUUUUAAAAAUAUUUUUAAGUGGAAACAGUUUUACUGACAU